UAGUUGCUCUUUGAAAGUCGGGGCGCUCGGACGCUAACAGGUUAAACGAACCAUCUAAAAAUAUACAUACGUUUCUGAAAGAGUGUGACCCAAAUAGAAAGCUGCAAUCAUGUCAGCCGUACAGACCGUGCUGGGGAGCAUUACACCCAAUCUGCUGGGUCGCACCCUCACCCACGAGCAUGUGGCUCUCGAUUUCGAGCACUUUUACAGGCCACCGCCGGCGGACUUUGAAAGCGAACUGAAGGCAAAGAUAAGCAUGUCCACCCUGGGCUAUGUACGUCUGUAUCCGUAUUCCAGCAAGGAGAAUGUUCGGUUCUAUGAUGAGGAGGCUCUCGUGGCCGCCAAGAAGGAUGUGCUGCUCUACAAGAAGCACGGCGGCGGCAGCAUCGUAGAAAACAGCAGCUAUGGAUUGAAGCGUAAUCUCGAGUUUAUUGUGGAGCUGGCUAAGAGCACUGGUGUCCAUUUCAUAGCUGGCACGGGACACUACAUCCACGCCGUGCAGGAUGCUAGUCAUGCGAGUCUUACGGUGGAACAGAUGACUGAUUUGUAUACCAAGGAUAUUCUGACUGGUAUCGAGAUCAAGGGGAAAAUGGUCAAGUGUGGCUUCAUUGGGGAAGUGGCCAGCGUCUAUCCCAUUCAUGAGUUUGAAAAGAAUUCCAUCAAGGCAACGGGAGAGAUUCAGGAGGUGCUGGGCUGCGGCGUCUCCUUCCACCCACAUCGGGAUGCACAGGCUCCUUUUGACAUCAUGCGACUGUAUCUGGAGGCUGGCGGACGUGCACAAAAGUGUGUCAUGUCGCAUCUGGAUCGCACCCUUUUCAAGAUUGACGAGUUGGUAGAACUCUCCGAGCUGGGCUGUUACCUACAGUACGAUCUAUUCGGCACUGAGUGCUCAUACUACCAGCUAAACACCAAUGUGGAUAUGAUAUCCGAUGGCCAGCGCAUUGACAAUCUGAUGAAGCUAAUCGAGGAGGGUCUGGUGGACAGGCUGCUCAUGUCCCACGACAUUCACACAAAGCAUCGAUUGACUUCUUAUGGGGGUCAUGGCUAUCAUCAUAUCCACACAAACAUCCUGCCCCGCAUGUUUGCCCGAGGCGUCACCUUGGAACAAGUGGAACAAAUGACUGUCACCAAUCCUGCAAAUUGGCUCUCAUUUGAUCCCUAGAAAGGGAGCUACCAUAUAUGAUGUUCUUUGAACCACAUCUCUUAUCAUCUCUACGAGUGGAUUAGAUAAGCUCUGUUGUUUUGGCAAACUUGGAAAAUAUACAUAUGUAUAAAUU